CGAGCCCACCGGGAACAAACAGAGCUCCCUCUGGCCUCCAGGAGCCCGACUAUGAACUCCUUCACAAGCGCCCUCCGCCCAGGUCCCCUCGGCUGCUCGCUGGCGCUGCUCCUGGUGGUGGCUACCGCUUUCCCCACUUCAGCACCCGUGAGGGAGGACUCCAACACCAAGGCCAGCCCCGACAAAACCCUCACGCCGCCAGGCAGAACCAUCGAGAGCAUCCGGAGCAUCCUGGAGACCAUCAAGGAGCUGAGGAAAGAGAUGUGUGACCAUGAUGUCAACUGCAUGAACAGAAAGGAGGCACUGGCGGAAGUCAAUCUGCACCUUCCAAGGCUGAUAGAAGAAGACGGAUGCUUCCCGCCGGCGGUGAAUAAUGAGACCUGCCUGCUGAGAAUCACUUCGGGGCUGAUGGAGUUCCGGAUGUAUCUCGAGCACCUUCAGGCCAAGUUCAGGAGUGACGAAGAAAACACCAGGGUCAGCAUGGUGCUGAAGAACAUCCAACACCUGAUCAAGACCCUGAGGCCAAAGGUCAAGAAUUUGAAUGAAGAAGCCACCCUCAAGCCAGCCGUUGCGGUCAGCCUGAUGGAGAACCUGCAGCAGAAAAACCAGUGGCUGAAGACGACCACGAUCCACUUCAUCCUGCGCGGCCUCACAAACUUCCUGGAGUUCACCCUGCGUGCCGUGGACCUGAUGGAGUGCGGGUGUCCUUGCUUGCGGAAUUUCAUGGGCUCUGCCUCCCACGGUCAGAACACACCAUCCUGUCCAUUGGACACAUAACUUAACAUUGUUUACGAAACUAGGAAGAUGAGCGUUAGGACACUAUUUUAAUUAUUUUUUUAACUUAUUAGUAUUUAAAUGUGGGAAGCUGGGUUAAUUUAUAUGCGAUUGAUAUUUAUAACUUAUGAAAUGCCAUUUGUGAUAUUAUAACUGUUACAGUUGUGAACGAAUAGUGCACAAUGGGCAAUUUGAGUAUCCCCUGUUACAGAGCCAAAUCUUUUCUUGGAAUGUGUAGGCUUACCUCAAAUGAAUUGCUAACUUACACUUUUCAAGAAAUGUUUAAAGUAUAUUUAUAUAUUGUUUAAACUAUUCUUAUACCAAUAAAUUACAUUUUUUUAAAAAAAAA